AUGUCUUCCCACACUGCCAAGGCCACGCGUUCCGCUUCUCAAGCUUUAUCUCGAUCGUCGUCCCUGAUCCCCAAACAACCUCACUCACCCACCCCUGCGAUAGCUUCCCGAUCAACAACAUCAAUAACAAAGAGCUUUGCGACUUGCUGCAGCUCAAUCACCAAACUAUCACCUCUCACACAACAAGUCCACAGGUCGUUUCCGACGCCAGCCGCCAAGAUGUCGACCAUGCCAGCUCAGCACGGCCACAGCGAGGGAUGCUGCAACAUCCCUCCUGUCGUCUCCAAGGGCUACGAUGCCAAGGGCAGCUACGAGGAAAUUGGAGGAAAGAAGACUUACGUCACCGGUCCCGCCGACGCGAAGAAGGCCAUCAUCGUCACCUUUGAUAUCUUCGGAUUCUUCCCCCAGACGCUCCAGGGAGCCGACAUCCUGGCCACCAGCGGCGCCGAGAAGUACCGCGUCUUCAUCCCGGACUGGUUCGCUGGCGAGCCUUGCCCUAUCGAGUGGUUCCCUCCCAACACCGAGGAGAAGCAGAAGAACCUCGGCGGCUUCUUCCAAAAGUUCCCGCCCCCCAAGAUUGCUGGGGAGACCCCCGACUAUGUCAAGGCCGUUCAGUCAAAGUACUCGUCCAUUGAGUCCUUUGCUACCAUUGGUUACUGCUGGGGAGGCAAGGUCGUUUCCCUCGUGGCCUCUGGUGACAAGAACCCCUUCAAGGUCGCCGCCGAGAUCCACCCCGCCAUGGUCGAGGCCGAUGACGCCAAGGGCAUCAAGAUCCCUCUUAUCCUGCUCGCUUCCAAGGACGAGCCCGAGGAGGAUGUCAAGAAGUUUGAGGCCAACCUCAACGUCACCAAGCACGUUGAAACUUUCAAGGACCAGAUCCACGGAUGGAUGGCCGCUCGCUCUGAUUUGGAGGAUUCUAGAGUCAAGGAGGAGUACACUCGUGGUUACAAGACUGUCCUUGAGUUCUUUGGCAAGAACUUUUAA